AUGUUUGAUGUUUCCUCUGGGACUUUAAAGCCGGUGUGGAACACGGCACUUAUACUUCCAUGUUAUACAUUGACUGUAUGUGGCGUCGUGUUUGCUGCGUGUGUUUCAGGCGUGGAUGUGGUGCUGAAUUCUCUGGCCGAGGAGAAGCUGCAGGCCAGUGUUCGCUGCCUCGCUCGACACGCACGAUUCCUGGAGAUCGGCAAAUAUGACCUUUCCAACAACACUCCUCUGGGCAUGGCGUUAUUCCUUAAGAAUGUGGCUUUCCAUGAUAUCCUGCUGGAUGCUCUCUUUGAAGAGGGCAACCAAGAGUGGGAGGAGGUGUCCCAGUGUCUGCAGCAGGGCAUUGUGGGAGGAGUAGUUCAGCCUCUGAGAACCACAGUGUUCGAUAAGGACCAAGUGGAGCAAGCAUUCAGAUACAUGGCUCAGGGCAAGCACAUCGGCAAGGUCCUGGUUCAGGUGAGUGAGGUGUUU